AUGUGGCCGGUGCUGCGCCCCAUGAGCUUCACCAGGCCGACGCCGUUGACGGCGCUCUCGGCCUCUACGUGGGCGGCGCUGAUGGCCUGCUGCGCCGUCUCCACCGCCGUCUGGAAGCCGAAGGACCGGUCGAUGAUGCCGAUGUCGUUGUCCACCGUCUUCGGGAUCCCCGCCACCGCCACCUUCAGGCGGCGCCGCCUCACCUCCUCGAAGAUCUUUGCUGCCCCCCUCAUGCUCCCGUCCCCGCCGAUGAUAAAGAUCUUCCAUCCCCAAAGGAAAAACUCACAAUAA